CUGAGGACAGCAGAACAUCCUCCACUGGAGCCCAUUGCACGCCGGAGCCUCCGAAGCACAGCAUCCCCACCCUGUGCCUGAGCUCAGCAAAGGGAAAGGAGCACGGGACCUCUCUCCAGCCACAAAGGGAAGAAAUCUUGGUCAAGAAGCUUGGCCACACUACCCAGCUCUGUCCAUGGCUCCUCUGGAGCUUGCUGGUGGUGGGGACACGCAGGACACCCUGCUGGAGCUGCCCCAUGAUGGCUUUUCCUACUGAGUCCAUCACUGUGCCCACAUCUGGGCUCACACUGCAGGGAGAAUGGGGUGGCCGUGCAGCAUCAUCGUACCCCUCCUCAUGUGGUGCUUCAUCACUUUCCAGGCAGCUGCCCGGGAGCAGAAGCAGCCCCACGGCUUUGCUGAGGACCGUCUCUUCAAGCAUCUCUUCACUGGAUACAACCGGUGGUCACGGCCGGUGCCCAACACCUCCGAUGUGGUCAUAGUGAAAUUCGGGCUGUCCAUAGCACAGCUGAUCGAUGUGGAUGAGAAGAACCAAAUGAUGACCACAAACGUUUGGCUGAAGCAGGUAGGAGUCUGUGCCCUCCAUGGGGACUGGGCUGGAGAGAAUAAAAGAAGGAGGAGGAUGGUAUUGGGCAGCUCAAUCCCACUAGACCCAGGAUCACCUGGUUCCCUCCUUGCCUCCUUCCAGGAGUGGAGUGACUACAAGCUGCGCUGGAACCCAGAGGACUUUGACAAUGUCACCUCCAUCAGGGUGCCCUCUGAGAUGAUCUGGAUCCCCGACAUUGUGCUCUACAACAAUGCCGAUGGGGAGUUUGCUGUGACACACAUGACAAAGGCCCACCUCUUCUCCAAUGGGAGAAUUAAAUGGAUGCCACCUGCCAUCUAUAAAAGCUCCUGCAGCAUCGAUGUUACCUUCUUCCCCUUUGAUCAGCAAAACUGUAAAAUGAAAUUUGGAUCUUGGACAUAUGACAAAGCUAAGAUCGACCUGGAGAACAUGGACCACCACGUGGACCUCAAGGACUACUGGGAGAGCGGCGAGUGGGCUAUCAUAAAUGCCAUUGGCAGGUACAACUCCAAGAAGUACGACUGCUGCACUGAGAUCUACCCCGACAUCACAUUCUACUUCGUCAUCCGCCGCCUUCCUCUCUUCUACACCAUCAACCUCAUCAUCCCUUGCCUGCUCAUCUCCUGCCUCACCGUGCUGGUCUUCUACCUGCCCUCCGAUUGCGGUGAGAAGAUCACACUCUGCAUCUCUGUCCUUCUGUCCCUCACCGUCUUCUUGCUGCUCAUCACCGAGAUCAUCCCCUCCACCUCCCUGGUCAUCCCACUGAUAGGAGAGUAUCUCCUCUUCACCAUGAUCUUUGUCACGCUCUCCAUCAUCAUCACCGUCUUCGUCCUCAACGUGCACCACCGCACCCCCAGCACCCACACGAUGCCUGACUGGGUGAGGAGGGUCUUCCUUGACAUAGUCCCACGUCGGCUCUUCAUGAAGCGGCCCCCGGUGCUGCUCCCUGCUGAGGGGACAACGGGACAAUAUGACCCUCCGGGGACAAGGCUCAGCACAUCCCGCUGCUGGCUGGAGACUGAUGUGGAUGACAAGUGGGAGGAGGAGGAGGAGGAGGAGGAAGAAGAGGAAGAGGAGGAAGAGGAAGAGGAGGAGAAGGCAUAUCCCAGCCGUGUGCCCUCAGUGGGAUCCCAGGGCACUCAAUGCCACUACAGCUGUGGACGUCAAGCAGGCAAAGCAUCAGGGGGCCCAGCCCCCCAGGUGCCCCUCAAGGGGGAGGAGGUGGGCUCCGAUCAGGGGCUGACGCUGUCACCCAGCAUCCUGAGGGCCCUGGAGGGAGUGCAGUACAUCGCGGACCACCUGCGAGCUGAGGAUGCUGACUUCUCGGUGAAGGAGGACUGGAAGUACGUGGCCAUGGUCAUCGAUCGCAUCUUCCUCUGGAUGUUCAUCAUCGUCUGUUUGCUGGGAACCGUGGGGCUCUUCCUCCCACCCUACCUGGCAGGGAUGAUUUAAGGAUCGGGGGGUGAUGUGGGUACCUCUCACAGCAUCAUGACCAUGGGGGACCCUUGGGUGGGAUGUGCAGCAGUGGGGAGGGAAGCAAAAGUUGUGCUUGGAGUGCCCUGCUCCUUUCUGUCCUGCUCAUGGUGGUGGUCAUUCUGGCCUCAAGAAAAGCUCAGUACAGUCACACCACCAACCAAAAGUGGGAUGAAGGCAUCUAGAAGAGGUAUCCAACUGCUGCAGGUUCCAUCUGGAACCCAAGGGACACGUCUGGUUGUGACUCCAAGAGAGGAUGCAUCCUGCCUCAGGACCACAGCCAUCACAACACGGGGCAGGACACAGUGCUUUGGGGUGUGACAGCAGGAGGGGGCAGGGGGUCCCUGCUCACACUGCACAGCUCAGGGGCUCUGCUCUGCUCAGCAAAGCUCAACAGCACAAGCGAUCAUGCUGCACCAGCCCACAUGUGCUGGGGGGUUCAUCAACACAAGAAUCCUGGGCAAAUUGUCCUCUCCAUCCCAUAUCUGUGACAGCAAGCAGACCCCAAGCCCCUUCGUUCUGAUGACCGCUGCAACCCAGCUUUAAUUUCUAUCUUCCAUGCACCCUAAAGGAACCGUGCUUGCAAAGAUCUAUAGCCUUGUCUGUGCCCUGAGGCCAGGCUUCCUCUGUGGGGCUUUUCCUCCAGGACACCAACCCAGGAGCUGGAUGUGACCUGACAGGUUUCAGAAAACACUUUGUGCUAUCAGGAGUGAAAUGGGCUGGAAUAAAUGAUGCCACUGAGAAAAAUGCACAUCCCAAGGGUGUUGCAGCUGCUCGUGCAUCCUCUGGUGUGUGCACACAGGGCUGAGAUAAGGGAUGCGCAAGGCAGCAAGCUGGAUGUACGCAUGGGUCUAUGUGUGCAUCUGACCCAACACAUCUCUGCAGUAACCUGAGUGCUCAUCUCAUCCCCACAUCAGCUCUCCUAAACCCCAUGUUGGUUGCAUCCAGCAGCAAAUUCCCCCUUUCAGCAAAGCUCUGCCUGGCUGGGGGUGGAGCAGAAGCUCUGCGGUGAACCCCAGCAUGACACAGCAGGAACCUUAAACAACCUUCUCUAUGGGGAACCCAUUCUCUUGGCUGUACUGUCCCCUAAAACCUCUUCCAACUGCCUCCAUCCUGAACUCACUGAUGCUCUUUGAAAGGCAAAACACAAAUAUCUGAAAGCAAUUCUGCUUAGCAAGACCUGGGAUGGGAACAGGGAGAGUGGCACCUUGCAUGGAUCUGGGAGUCAAGUGGGGCUCCAAAGGUGGUAGACUCAGGUUGGAUAUUAGGAAACAUUUCUUUUAUACAGCGGUGAUGCAGUGGCACAGACUGCCCAGGGAGGUGAUGGGGUCACCAUCCAUGGAGCUGUUCCAGAGCUCUGGGGAUGUGGCACUGAGAGAUGUGAGCAGUGGGCAUGGGGGUUGGGUUGGUGUUCGACUUGGGGAUCUGAGAGGUCUUCUCCAACCUGAAUGAUCCUAUGGU